GUUACUUUUGAUUAAACGGAGUGUUUUCUUGUAUGUUAAGGUUAACGAGUAUGGGGGCCUUGGAUGUGCACCAAGUGGUUUACAGACACCAAGGUUGGCGCCUUAUGACUUGUAUGUGGUUACAUGGUGGAGUAUUCCAUCUAUUGGCAAAUAUGUUAGGCAUUCUUGUUGUUGGAAUUCGCCUUGAGCAAGAUUUCGGGUUUGUGCUUAUUGGAGUACUAUAUGUGAUUUCUGGAUUUGGUGGUAGCUUGCUUUCUUCUCUUUUCAUUCAGCAAAGAAUCUCAGUUGGUGCUUCAAGUGCUCUUUUUGGUUUACUAGGAGCCAUGCUUUCAGAACUCAUUACUAAUUGGUCCAUAUAUGAGAAAAGGCUAGGAACACUCAUUACUCUUGUUUCUAUUAUUGUCAUCAAUCUAGCAGUAGGAAUUUUCCCACAUGUGGACAAUUUCGCUCAUAUCGGAGGGUUUAUUUCAGGAUUUCUUCUUGGAUUUGUGUUCUUGAUCCGUCCUCAGUUUGGAUGGAUUAAGCAAAAAUAUGCAACUCCAGCAUAUCCAUCAUUAGUUAAAUCGAAAUUUAAGAUUUAUCAGUGCAUCUCUUGGCUCUUAGCCCUAAUCCUGCUAAUUGUUGGGUUUACUCUUGGCCUAGUUGCACUUCUAAGAGGUGUCGAUGCAAAUGAUCACUGCUCCUGGUGCCAUUAUUUGUCGUGUAUCCCAACUUCAAAAUGGAGCUGCAAUUCAAAGAAUAUUAAUAACUCUUUUUGCUUGACUCAGCAGAUCGGCAACCAGAUGAACGUGACAUGCUCGAGCAAUGGAAAAUCCAUAAUAUAUUAUAUGCUACAUCCGACCGAUUCCAAGAUCCUUGAAUUGUGUGUUCAGAUUUGCCAUUAAGAUCUCAUUAAAGGCUUGAUAAUUUGCAUUAUUCAUGAUGAACAAAAUGAUACACUAUUUGAUUAGUGUAUUUGUUUAUAUCUUUCAUGUAUAUUUUUCUUUUUGUUAUAAGCAUCCUUUCAUGUAUAUAAUAUUGAUUGAUUUGUAUUUUUCUUAUA